GCGAAAAAAUUACAGACGCGCUUUUGAGGGAACAAAGAAAGGAGCUCGGGGUGAGUUAAUUUUCAAGUGUAGAUCCGUUCGAUAGUUUUGCAUUUUACUUUUCGAAAAGAUCAGAUGAAGGUGGAGAUAAUUUCACAACUGAAUAGAAUUGUAUUUUCAUUCAAACCGAAUACAAUCUGCAUUUACUUUCAAGCAAGGCUUAGCUAACGUUCGCUAGCUAACUGUGACUCCUUUCAUAGACGCUAACAUCUUUAGCGCAUAUUAACGAUAGCUUCUGACCAGUGUAGGUUUUGUUAAGAGCCCCGACUCCUGCUCUAGACAUUAACACGCAUCGCUUGCGGGUUGGUGUUCCCACAAGGCCAUAUCUCCAGCUCUUGUUUACGGAAGCCAGACAGAAAACAUAGGCGGCCACCUGUGCUAAUGAGCUAUCUAGCUUGCUUCGAACAUCUGGCUGUACGCAACAGUGGGGAGGAAGUGUAGUUCUUCAACUGGAGAAACACAACUUCUGUGCAAUACUCGCCGAUGACUAGAAUAGCUUGAAAUCCACAAUUCCUCAGCCAAGAUGUCAAAAAGGCCAUCAUAUGCACCUCCCCCCACCCCAGCCCCCACAACUCAAGUGCCCAACACCCCUGGGUUUGUGGGGUACAACCCAUACAGCCAUCUGGCCUACAACAACUACAGGCUGGGAGGGAAUACCGGCAGCAACAACAGGGUAAUGAAUUCCUCAGGAAUCACUGUUCCCAAGCCGCCCAAACCGCCAGACAAGCCGCUGAUGCCCUACAUGCGGUACAGCCGGAAGGUAAGCAGGAAGGUCUGGGACCAAGUCAAAGCCUCCAAUCCGGAUCUGAAGUUAUGGGAGAUUGGAAAGAUUAUUGGUGGCAUGUGGAGGGACCUCACUGAAGAGGAGAAGCAGGAUUACUUGAACGAAUAUGAAGCGGAAAAGAUUGAGUACAACGACUCCCUGAAGGCCUACCACAACUCACCGGCUUACCUGGCCUACAUCAAUGCCAAGAACCGUGCCGAGGCGGCUCUGGAGGAGGAGAGCAGACAGCGGCAGACCCGCGUUGAGAAGGGAGAACCUUACAUGAGCAUCCAGCCUGCUGAAGACCCAGAUGACUAUGACGAUGGGUUCUCCAUGAAGCACACGGCCACCGCUCGCUUCCAGAGGAACCACCGGCUCAUCAGUGACAUCCUCAGUGAGAUUGUGGUGCCAGAUGUGCGCUCUGUCGUCACCACUGCACGCAUGCAAGUCCUCAAGCGCCAGGUCCAGUCCCUCAUGGUGCACCAGAGGAAGCUGGAAGCAGAGCUGCUGCAAAUAGAGGACCGGCACCAGGACAAGAAGAGGAGAUUCCUGGAGACGACAGACUCCUUCAACAGUGAGCUCAAACGGCUGUGCGGUCAGAAGGUGGAGGUAGACAUGGAGAAGCUGGCAGCAGAGAUUGCUGUGGCAGAGGAGACUGCUAGGCGGCGGGCGGAGGAGAGGGAGAAGGAAGCGGCGGAGCAGGCAGAGAAGGCGGCCCAGGAACAGCAAGAGCAGCAGCAGGCAGCAGCAGCCUCUGCUUCAUCUACCCUGCCCAUCACUGAACAGAACAACACCACCCCACCAACCACAGAGAACAAGGAGGACCAGGACAAGUCAACCCCUAUGGAGACCGAAGAGACUCCUACAUCAGAGCCAUCUGAGACCCAUCCUGAGGCUGAGGAGGGCACACAUGCUGCAGAGAAGCAGCAGGGCCCGCCGGUGGAGAGCAUCACGGACGAGGGCACUAGUGACAGCACUGCCCCAUCCGAGAGCAGCACCGGACCCCCUGCAGACACCCCUGCCUCAGCUGAACCUGCCCCAGAGGAACGCCCAGCCAGCCAGCCCUCCCAAUAACAUCUCUGUAGAAGGGCACACCUCUCUCUGAGCACACCCUCCAACCUGUAGACUAGGGUCAUGCUUUGUGGGCACAGUGUUGCAUAUCAAAAAUAUUAGAAUGUAUAGAAGUGAUUUCAUGGGUAGAGAUGUCCAUAGUUUUGUACAUUCUGUGUGUUAUUUGCGAUGUCGUGCAACCCUGUGCCCAUUUAAAUAUGACCCUGUGAUGUUCUUCCACCAUCCCCACACUCAGUUUGUGUGUUUGACAUUUCUAUUGAUCUUAUGGAUUUCUGGAUUCAUACCACAAGCCAACCGUUCCUCUCUAGCUAUUGGCGUUGAUAGAACAGGGCCUAAUUUAUUCCAUACCUAAUUGACAAUGGUUUUUAAAUGCUGUUUUUGUUGCCUUUUUUUUUUUUUAUCUAACUUUUAGUUAGUAAUCAAUAUGGUGUGGACUGUUAGUUAUGGAUUAAAUUCAGAAUUCAUAUGAAAUGGCCAGUCCUUGAAUAUCACCUAUUAUAUCACAGCAAAUGGAUAAUUUGUGAACUGUUUUACAUGAGCUGUUUGCAACUGCACAGCUGUGUCAAACCCUGUUGCUGUGUAUCACCACUAGAGAAAUGGUCAGGAUGAACCUCCGAUAAAACCUCAUGCAUUCAAAUGACUGUUUUUACUUGAAUUUGAGUAAUUUUAGUAUGCCUCUGCAAUUUGCAUCUUUUUUUGUACUGUCAAGCCUCUUGCCCAAAUAAAAGUUAUUUCUGUCUUU